UAAAACUAAGCUGUAAGGCACAGGUCACCUGCAAGUGUUGGUAUGUGCAGGGAGCUGGGUAGGACACCCAAGGCAAAGACAAGAUUUUUGUUCAGUGAGGGUUUUUCCCAGCGGGUCACUCCAAGCCGUGCUCCUGAACGGCCCCAAGUGAUGUUUUCAUGAGUCCUACCUAGUGACACAGUAUUCUGAACCAAGUAACCAUCAAAGAGAUUUGAAAGGAAAUAGGAUGGAUUUUGCCAAUCCCUGCAUAUACCUUUUCCUCUUGAACGACAUUUUAAAGAUGUCACACUUGAUUGCAUCACAAGAAAAAUGCUUGCCUGAAAAUAUGAUCAAUCCUUUGCCAACUGUCUUGAGAGGAGGAAGAUGAGCGUGUCUUUGUGUAUACACUUUGGGGCCCGUUGGUCUGCUAUUUUGAAGGCUAUGUUGAAUCCUUCUAGGCCACAGGUGUGCUAAUGGCAUUGUGAUUAUAUAGGAGAAUGCCCUUAUUCCUGGGGGACAGCACCUUAAGCGUUUAGAGCACUUUCAUUUGGACCCUUGGAUGCCCACUGAACAGAUGCUUGAGACCUGCAAGUAAUUUUCAGACCAUAGCGGAACCAUAAGGCCUGUCCUUUGCGUGGGGAGAAGACAGCCCAUGUUCUGUGGAAAUGAACGGGGAGCAGCAGCUUGAUGCAGAUGCUGGAUCUGGUGUGGAAGAAGUGGAGUUAAGCUGGGAAGAUUACCUGGAAGAGACAGGGUCCGCUGCAGUACCCUACGGGUCUUUUAAACAUGUGGACACACGCUUGCAAAAUGGCUUUGCUCCUGGGAUGAAGCUGGAGGUGGCUGUGAAAACAGACCCUGAAACCUACUGGGUUGCCACCAUCAUCACCACCUGUGAGCAGUUGCUGCUGCUCCGCUACGAUGGCUAUGGCGAGGACCGGAGGGCGGACUUCUGGUGUGACAUCAGGAAGACCGGCCUCUACCCCAUUGGGUGGUGUAAGCAGAACAAGAAGACCCUUGAAGCCCCAGAAGGCAUCAGAGACAAAGUGUCUGAUUGGGAUGAGUUUCUGCGGCAGACCCUGGUGGGAGCGUGUAGCCCUCCUGUUCCUCUGCUAGAGGGCCUCCGUAAUGGGAGGAACCCUUUAGAUCUCAUUGCUCCGGGCUCCAGGCUAGAGUGUCAAGCUUUCCGGGACUUGUUGAGCACUUGGAUCGUUACGGUAGUAGAGAACAUCGGAGGAAGGCUGAAGCUGCGCUAUGAAGGACUGGAAAGUUCUGACAGUUUUGACUUUUGGUUGUAUUACUUGGAUCCAUUUCUUCAUCAUGUUGGUUGGGCUGCUCAACAGGGAUAUGAGCUUCAGCCCCCAUUAGCCAUCCAGCAUCUAAAGAAUGAAGCUGAGUGGCAGGAGAUCCUGGCCAAAGUGAAAGAGGAGGAGGAAGAGCCACUGCCAUCGUACUUAUUUAAGGACAAACAAGUGAUUAGCACUCAUUCAUUCUCUGUAAAUAUGAAAUUGGAAGCUGUGGACCCCUGGUCUCCUUUUGGGAUCUCUCCUGCUACGGUUGUUAAGGUUUUUGAUGAGAAGUACUUCCUGGUAGAAAUGGAUGAUUUGCGACCAGAGAAUCACGCACGGCGAUGUUUUGUGUGUCAUGCUGACAGUCCCGGUCUUUUCCCCGUGCAGUGGAGUCUGAAGAAUGGUUUACACAUCAGCCCCCCUCCUGGCUACCCGGGCCAGGACUUUGAUUGGGCUGACUACCUCAAACAGUGUGGUGCCGAAGCUGCUCCCCAGAGGUGCUUCCCCCCGUCAAUUACUGAGCAUGAAUUUAAGGAGAAUAUGAAGCUUGAGGCAGUGAACCCUCUUCUCCCCGAAGAAGUGUGUGUUGCCACCAUUACUGCAGUGAGAGGCUCCUACGUAUGGCUCCAGCUGGAGGGUUCUCAGAAGCCCAUACCUGAAUGUAUUGUGAGUGUGGAAUCCAUGGAUAUAUUUCCUUUGGGCUGGUGUGAAACCAAUGGCCAUCCCCUCAGCGCCCCUCGCCGAGCACGAGUCCAGAAACAGAGGAAAAUUGCAGUGGUUCAACCAGAAAAACAACUCAGAAUACCAUCCUCCAGGACUGUCCAUGAGGGCCUGAAGAAUCAGGAGCUGAACUCCACAGACUCAGUUAUGAUCAAUGGAAAAUACUGCUGUCCAAAGAUAUACUUCAACCACCGUUGCUUCUCAGGGCCAUAUCUGAACAAAGGAAGAAUCGCUGAGCUGCCUCAAUGUGUAGGACCUGGGAACUGUGUUCUAGUCCUCAGAGAGGUCCUCACUUUACUUAUCAAUGCAGCCUAUAAACCCAGUCGUGUCCUUCGGGAGCUGCAGCUAGACAAAGACUCCGUGUGGCAUGGAUGUGGGGAGGUCCUAAAAGCCAAAUACAAAGGAAAGAGUUACCGGGCUACUGUUGAGGUAGUGAAGACAGCGGACCGGGUGACCGAGUUCUGCCGGCAAACCUGCAUCAAACUGGAGUGCUGUCCUAAUCUCUUCGGCCCACGGAUGGUUCUGGACAAGUGUUCUGAGAACUGCUCUGUGCUUACAAAGACCAAAUAUACACACUAUUAUGGAAAGAAGAAAAAUAAAAGAAUCGGAAGGCCACCUGGUGGGCAUAGUAACUUAGCAUGUGCCCUGAAAAAAGCCAGUAAGAGAAGGAAGAGACGGAAAAAUGUUUUUGUCCAUAAGAAGAAACGCUCCUCUGCAUCUGUUGAUAACACCCCAGCGGGCUCGCCCCAGGGAAGUGGAGGUGAAGAUGAGGAUGAUCCAGAUGAAGGAGAUGAUGAUUCCCUAAGUGAGGGCAGUACAUCUGAGCAACAGGACGAGCUACAGGAAGAGUCAGAAACGUCCGAAAAAAAGUCAUGCUCUUCCUCUCCCACCCAAAGCGAGAUAUCUACAUCGCUGCCUCCAGACAGACAACGGAGAAAAAGGGAGCUUCGCACUUUUUCAUUUUCUGAUGAUGAGAAUAAACCUCCUUCACCAAAGGAAAUAAGGAUUGAAGUUGCUGAAAGGCUUCAUCUGGACAGUAACCCCCUGAAGUGGAGUGUGGCAGAUGUUGUUCGGUUCAUCAGAUCCACCGACUGUGCUCCAUUAGCAAGAAUAUUUCUAGACCAGGAAAUUGAUGGGCAGGCCCUAUUGCUCCUUACCCUUCCCACUGUUCAAGAAUGCAUGGACUUAAAAUUGGGCCCUGCCAUCAAACUCUGCCAUCACAUAGAGAGGAUCAAGUUUGCUUUCUAUGAGCAGUUUGCCAACUGAGAAGGACAACCAAAGUGAGCUGUGUCUUUGAAGCACAAAUGCAGCGAAUCCUUCUCCCCACGCUACAAGUGGGGCUGACAUGGUCCUGGGGCUCCGGGCCCUGCAGACGUCGGCUUGCUCUCUUUGCACUUUCAGGGAAGGAGGACCCACACUGAGGAAGCAAACACUGCACAGAAGUGGCUCUCCUGCCAGUGGAAAUGUGGGCAUCUGUUGGUCAGCAGAUUGCAGUUUUAAAAAAAAUAAAGGUUGUGAAGAAAAGACUCCUGUAAGAAGAAUAAGCAUUUCCAGUGGUGUGGCCUGAAAACAAAGAAUAAUCUAGGCUGCUGGAAAGCAUCCUUAUGGUUGUUUUCUUUUUGUUCUGUUCCUUCCCAUUGUAGAGUGAACUUUGUUCUCUGCUUUCCCUUUCUUGGAAAGAGAGGACAUAGCUUUAAGUCAGCACUGAUUUGGGACUGUGCCUAAGGCACAUCAGUGCUUCAUUGUCAUUGUGUUUUUAAGCUUUUUUAAAUUAAAACAGUUCAUUUUGGGGAUGA